AUGGGAUCGUCAGGCUCAGAAUCGGCUGCCGGCCCAAGUCCCAGUUCCAGCUCUGUCUCUCGGGUCAACCUCCCACCGUCGCUCGAGGCCCGCAGAAUCCCCGGACUGCCCCGAGCGGCCUACUACAUCGCCAACUUCAUAACCGAAGAAGAGGAGCAAGCCAUCCUGCACAAGGUUGAGACAGCCCCUAAAGCGCGCUGGCGACAACUGACGCACCGCCGCCUGCAAACCUGGCCAUCCGAUCUGAUCAAGGACACACUCGUCGAUGCACGCCCGCUGCCCGACUGGCUAGAGAAGCCGGUUGUUGCACGCCUGCUUUCCAUCCCAGUCGAUGAUACGGAACACAGCAAUGACGAGUCCCAGCCGCGGCACAUCUUUGCCGAGAGCCCCCACGGCCGCCCCAACCACGUGCUCAUCAACGAGUACCCUCCCAACACGGGCAUCAUGCCGCACAAAGACGGCCUGGCCUACUAUCCCGUUGUGUGCACCGUUAGCCUGGGUGCCAGUCUGUGUCUGAACCUGUACCGCAGCAAAGACGAUGGCGCCUUAGAUCCAAACCCCGUCUGGCGCGUCUUGCAGGAGCCGCGCAGCCUGCUGAUCACCACGGGCGAGCUGUACACUGAUUAUUUGCAUGGCAUCGAUCCCAUCGCGAUCGACGUCGACCUAUCCCCCGACACCGUAGCCAACUGGAGCCUGCUCGGCGAUUCGUCCGCCUUCGAGAGUGGCAUCAACGAGCGCAAAGUCCGCAUCAGCCUGACAUACCGCGACGUGCUGAAGGUUUCUAAGCUUGGGAGCAAGCUGGGGCCCAUGUUCAAGCGCCCAUGA